AUGACUUUGCAAUGCUUUGUGUAUAGCCUAGGACAUCUUUUUAGCUCUUCCUGGGCUGCUAGUUUUCCUUCCAACUCGUGGAGUAGGUUUGGGAACCCAAAGUUGCCAAUGGCAAAAAUAUGCCUUGUCAGCCUGUGGAGUUGGCUUGACAACUUUAGGCUCCAAGCCAGCUUCACAAUCUGGAGGGAAAGUUGCAGCCCAGGCGAGCUAAAAUCCGUCCUAAGCUAUACAAGUGAAAAAUUUGGUCUGUUAUGCACUGAAUACGAUAUCCAGCUUCGUCAGUCUACGUAAACUCUAAUUUAGAUUUGGUGACAACAAGCCUUAUGUGCAGCCGUCUAACUCUCUAUGAAAAAUCAUAUGUGACCAAUUUAAAAAUUUCGUUAUUCAGCUUUUGCUAUUUGCAGGGAUUGUUUCACUCGCAAUAG